UGGUAGCAGUAUAACUCGGAAUUCAGUCCAGUAGUUGUCCCAGUAGCUUUUGAAAAAUGUGCUCUCGAUAAAGUGUGUGUCCGAUCUUUCGAUGCAUUAAACAUGAAUCCCGAUUGCCAGGGCAGCUGCCCGGCAUGCCAGCAAUGGAUGGGCCAGAUGUGCGCCCACUGCAGGGAUCUGGUCGUGAAAACAGUCAACGAUGUCUGGGCCGCCUGGUGGGACGAAGUAGCUCCAUCGUUGUACAAGAAUUUGGUCGAGUUGCCCAUCCUGGACUCUGACCGAAUUUGCGAGCUGCUGCAGCUGGAUGAGGACGUUGAUGAUGAUGAGUUAGAGUUGUUGCCACUGCAAUAUGAGGACUUAUCGUGCUGGCAAACGGUGGCCCUGAUGUUCAUUUAUGUUGUGGUUCUUGUGCUUCUGGCUGUCGUGUGUCGCUGUUGGAGGGGGCAGCACCAUGUUCAAAUGCAGACCGAUGACACACAGAUCGUGGAACGGCGGCAGGAAGAAUCGAUAAUAUCGGAGCAAUCCCCGAGAGAAUCAUCAAUAUUGGAGCCACCCUCGACAACGGAAGAGGAGCCAACUAAAUCGAAGCGAGAAAAGAAAUGCAAAAAAUUGUGCAAACGAUCAAAAAAGAAAUCGCAACCAACAUCGGAGCAAUCGUCCAAGUAUGAGGCACCAUCCAAAUCAAAGGGAACAGCUGGCGCAAUUGUAUGGGGCGGAGCAACAACUGAAACUGUGGAAGUAUCAGAAAAAGCUGCAUCCGAAUCAAUCAAAUCGAGGCGACCAACAGGAUUUCCAAGAGAUCAUGAAGUGCCAAAAGACGAUUCUCCACCAUUAUCGGGGCAACCAUCGAGAGCGGCGCAGCCAGUGCCAAUAUUUCAUAGCCCAACCACAUCGGAGCCACCGAUGAAUACAAGGGAGCCGGAAUCAACGGGACGAGCAAGAAUCAAUUAUCAGUCACCAACGACGCUGUCCCCAAUACAAUCGGAGCGAAGGGUUAAUACAGAGGAGCCUUCGACGCGAGUGAGAGUAUCUUAUCAAGAACCAGACUCGGAGCGACCAUCUAGCUCGGAGCAACCGUCAAAGCCUUGGGAAAACGCCGCCUCAGAUAGCUCAGAGCCAUCUAAACAGAAAAAUAUUAAGCUCAAAGCCUGGCUAAGAUAUAAAAUUCGUCCGAUCUUUGUGCACAAUCAGGAUGCGCUGCGACGCCAACAGAAUAAGUACAAGGAGAACGAGAGGAUCAAGGAGCUCAACACCGAGAGGAACAUUGAGAAAUGGACGAAGGCACGGGAAAAAAAGGAAAGAAAACGGCAAAUCGAAAGAGAGAGCGCUGAAAGCAAAGACGAAAAAAUGCGACUAACUUGGGAAAGGUUAGACAAUGUUAACAUAAUCCCCCAAUAG